AUGACGGAUUCUGAGUCUGACCAUGGCGACCUCAGUCUCGACGCUAUUUUCCCUGAGCCUCCCCGACCGCAAACACCAGAUCCAACCAUCAGCGUUUAUCACCGCCUGAGAAACACGACCAAAAAUCACGGCGAGGUGACGAUAAGGCUUGUUGGUUCGCAUCCAUUAUGGGGAAACUACUUAUGGAACUCUGCAAUUUGCCUGGCUUCGUACUUUGAGGAAAACGAAUCUUUGUGUAACGAUCGAUCUGUUUUGGAACUAGGUGCGGGAGGUGGUCUACCAAGCAUCAUUGCUUCUUUGAACGGUGCUCGAAAUGUCGUUAUAACCGACUAUCCAGACGCAGCACUCGUGAAUAACAUGCAACAUAAUGUCGACCACAAUAUCAGCGAUGAGCAAGUACGACAAAAUAUAGUCGUUAAGGUCGAGAUCGCCGUCAUGCUAGCUUGGAUGAGAGCUGACGCUUUGCAGGGUUACAUAUGGGGUACACCAGUUCAUUCUCUCCUCGACGCCUUUCCUCCCUUGGCUGAGGGCUUCGAUCUCAUAAUUCUUUCCGAUUUGAUUUUCAACCAUUCACAGCACGAUGCUCUUCUGAGGACAUGCGAACGAACUCUUCGUCCCGCCACACCAUUUCUAGACGCAAAGGACCCCUGCGUACUCGUGUUCUACACUCACCAUCGCCCCCAUCUAGCCCAUAGAGAUAUGGUGUUCUUUGAUAAAGCUCGAGAACAGGGUUGGAAAUGUGACAAGAUAAUCGAGCAGAAGUACCCACCCAUGUUCCCCGACGAUCCUGGGGCAGAAGAAGUUCGCUCUACUGUCCAUGGCUGGAGACUGUCAAAGUCAAGUACUUCAGUAGUCUGA